AUGGAAACCACCAUUGUAUGGAACAAUGCAGCAACAGUUGGUGCUCAGCUAUUCGAAUCCACACGGACGAUGGAGUGGAAAGAUAUGAAGAUACCUGCUGCUCAGCCGCAGAUGAUUACGAAGGAUCGCAGUGGAACUGAAAAUCCAGCGUCUGAUGAUCAUCAAUAUUUCUCGAUGUUUGUGUUUAUGCUCGGUUUGGCAUACCAGAGGGAAGGAGCAACCAAGCCCUCAGCAUUGAUUAUUGAUUCCAUUCUUCACAGCACUCAGUUUCAUGUCCUAUUUGCUGUAUUUCUUCUUUGCCGUUAUUUGUUUCAAAUAUCACUGUACCAUGUGCUCUUCCCCGUCACUCUUGUCCCACUAAUACUUUCUAUCUACUUCUACAUCAACUAUGAGCCAUUUCUCUACUUGGAGGAAGAUAUCAAGCGGAUCAGAAGAGAAUCGAGGUUACUGCAUGCUAUUUCAGAGGAUGCAGCAAAAGUAAUGGAGUUAACAGAAGAGAUAAACACCAGAGCCUGUCAAAUCUGGGAAUCUGACCACUACUCUGUUGGAGCAACUAUAGAAGGGCUGGAUAAAACCGAGUUGGCAUGGGUUGAGCAAGCCAAAUCCAUUGUUCGAAGAGCAAAAUAUUUGGUUGAAACCUUUGAGAAACACAGAAGGGACUCCCACAUAAUAAGUUUUGCUACAAUCAGGAAGAAUCUCAGCCAGAUGGGAGAGCUUUCCAGUGAAACUAACCGGGUUAAAGAGGAGAUAAAAAACAUCAUUGAGAAGAAGGUGUGUGGGAUUAACAUAUGCGAAUCACUAGAGAGAUUGAGGUCUGACAUUAGAAGCCUUCGGGACAGAUCUGUUGAAGAACAAGAGCAUAGAUGGGUACUAAAUUCCAAAGGAGGAGCUGCCUCACCAGCUGAUUUGACUUUCUCUACAUCAGAGAAAAUAAAAAGGCUGAUAAUUCAAGACCCAGUCUUAAUGCGUGAUACUGGAGAGAAAAUAAAGGCAAUAAAUCUGCAGUUGCUGCUACUGCAUCCUUUUCUGAAGGAUAUAGAAGGACUUCAGUUUGAGAGCGAAACUGAAAAGGCGUGGGUGGAAGAACUGGAAGAGAUCAUUAAUGAAGCACAUCCUGCCAUUGAAAACUUCUCACAGAGGCCUCCGUUGUUAUCAGUUGCUGGCAGUUGGAAGGCAUGGAGGAAUCUCAAACAGAACAUAAGGUGCAUUGAAGUUGGGUUUUCAGACCUAUUAGAAAAAAAAGAUAGAUAUGGCUUCAGAUUUAUAAGCAGAGAUUCAUCAAAGUUUGUCUAUCAACCCUCCUACCGCACCACUGCUGGCGAAUUUGUUUCACCUGUACUAGACAGUUUGCGACAGCACCUGGAGUCAUCGGUGUUUGAGGUAUAUUUUCAUGUCAAAUGGCUAUGCAAUAAAUUGGAAAAGAUGCCUAAACUUCUAGAUGAUGCUGGAAAAAUUAGAAGCAGAUAUAAUUCCAGAAAAGCUGGGUUGGAGCAAAUGAAGAAAAUUGUUCUAAGGGCAGAAAAAUCUGUGAAAAAAUUCGUGAAGGAUUCAGACACUUCGAAAACAAGAGAUGGGAUGAAGCUUUUUCAUGAAAUUGACCAAAUCAAUCGUACAAUUGAUAUUUUUCUAAGAUGCAUAAAAGCAUACACCAUUGAAUUGACCGAAGAGUCAAGCUCAGUGGUUGGUUUGGAAGAAGACGUGUUGGCAGUGGUGUCACAGCUGACAACCAACAAUGAACAUCACUCUGUUAUUUCAGUUGUGGGGGUUGAGGGAAUAGGUAAGACAACACUGGCAAAGAAAAUUUAUAACCAUGGAGUUGUUGUGGACCAUUUUCCCUGCCGUGCAUGGGUUUCUCUACCUCACGGCGACUCUAAUAACAAAGAACAGCUGAUUUUGGAAGGUGUAGCAAAGCAGGUCUUGAGGUCUCUUAAACCAGAAGGGCGCCAAGAGAUCAAUCAGAAUGCAUCCAGCAGGAUCAACGAGGCACAUAAUAUCUUAAAAGCUGAGCGGUGCCUUUUAGUUAUUGACAACAUCUCCACAAUGGUAGAGUGGAAUACUCUGAAAGCAGCAUUUCCAGUAACUACAUCAAGUGGGAGCAGAAUUCUGCUCACUACACGCAACCACAAGUUGGCUUCACAAGUCGACAGCGACAACCCUCCCCACCAGCUUCGACCGCUAACCAGAGAAGAGAGCUGGCAGUUGUUCAACCAGGCGGUGCACUUCCCUCCAAAAUGGAAAAUGCUUGCAAAAGAAAUUUUGAGUAAAUAUAAGGGUUCACCAUUAGCCAUCAUAUGUCUAAUGUUAGGGAAAGAUGAGAAUACUGCUCAAGAGUUGAAAAGGGUGAUCCAAUACAUCAACCAGAAUGAUACAGCAUCGAUUCGUACCUACACCAUACGGUGUGCGGAUAAGUUACCUCCUCAUCUAUCCCAUUGUCUUUCUUGCUUCAAAGUCUUCCCAAGGGAUUUCAAAAUUCCAACGAGGAGAUUAAUUGCUAUGUGGAUUGCAGAAGGUUUGGUAGACGUAAGGGAUAAGACGACAGAACCUUAUGAAGAUGUGGCACACGUAAGGGAUAAGGCGACAGAAUAUGAAGAUGUGGCAAACACGUAUUUAUCGGAGUUAAUUGAUCGGGACAUUGUUCAAGUAGUUGAAAGAAAGGUGAAUGGGAGAGUCAAGACAUGUUGCUUGCACAAAGAUUUACAAGAACCGAUCAGGUCCAAAUCUAUGACGUUAGAUCAGAGGCGACUUGCUGAUCACUUAAACUCUUAUGAUCCAAGUUUUUGUCUUAUUCAUAGUGACAGCUCAGAUUUUCCAGACUCAUACAAAAAACUCAUCUCUAUUCUCUCCUUUGAUUCUGGAGAAGGAUAUAAGCCUGGAGAAGAAAUAGGCAACUUUCUACGAAAGGGCAUUGCAGGUGGUUUCUUCCAGCUUCUACAGGUUCUUGAUCUUGAACGUGUAUUCAGACCUGAAUUGCCCAAAACCAUUGGGAAAUUAAGCAAGUUGAGGUAUCUAGGCUUGAGGUGGACUUACCUUGAAUCAAUCCCUACUUCCAUUGGUAAUUUGCUGAACCUCCAAACCUUGGAUGUGAAGCAUACAUAUGUCCGCACUCUCCCCCAUUCCAUAUGGAAACUACAGGAACUUCGACACCUAUACUUAAGCCAGAAUUACCGAAGUAAACUUAUUCGUCAACAAGGACGUCGCAGUUCCUUGAAGAAACUCCAGACACUGUGGGGUGUAUUUGUGGAUAAGGAUAGUCCUCUGAAGGAUGGGUUGGACAAGUUUACCAGUCUCAGAAAAUUAGGAUUGGCAUUCCAGUUAGAGAAGGAAGAUCAAAAGGCGUUAGCAGACGGGAUUCUAAAGCUGAAGCACCUUCAAUCUCUAAGAUUGAGAUCAAUUGAUGAAUUGGGUGAACCUCAUGCUCUAGCGUUGGAAUCUUUGUCAGCACUUGAGAAUCUCUCUAGCCUAAAUUUGUUUGGAAAGCUAGUUCCCUCCAUCAUACCUGAAUUACCUAAGAACCUCACUGAUCUUACUUUGUCAGCCUCUUGUCUUCAAGAAGAUCCAAUGCCGAAGUUAGAGAAGCUCCAAAACCUUAAAUCACUUUGUUUCCAUUCCAAGUCUUAUACCGGUAACAAGAUGGUUUGCUCCAACUGGGGGUUUGAAAAGCUUGUAGUUUUAAAGUUGUGGAUGCUAGAACUAGAAGAUUGGGAUGUUGAAGGAAAGGCAAUGCAAAAUCUCAGGGAGUUGGAAAUUAGAUCUUGCAAAAAAUUGAAUGCCCCAAGUGGGUUGGGACACUUAAAAACCCUCACUGAAUUGAAGCUAACAAAUAUGCCAGAAGUAUUUGUUACAACAAUCACAGAAACAAUGAGGCAAGUUUGGGUUGGCAUUAACCACCCCCCAAAAAUCAUUCCAAUCAAUUGGGAGUCAGAGGAAUAA